UCAAAAGUAGAGUCCAAAAUCAUCAAGAACGUACUAUGAAUUAUCUUCAAGAAUUUUUAUAGUAUAACAGAUGCAUAAAAAUGAAAAAGAAAGUUACUUUAAAAUACGAAGAACUAAAAUUAUGAAAUAAAACAAUACGUUUAGAAAUGUUGUAGUCCUAAGAAACAACAAUAUUGGACGGCAAGAAGAAGCAUAUUACCGAACUCAAGAAAUAAAGUUGAACUAAACCCACCAAAUCCCAGAAAAAGAAAAAUUAAAUCAGCCAUGGAAAUCGAAUCAACAAAACUUCCAGAACACCCACCGGAGUUUUAGACCCAGAAGGAGACGGUGAAGUCGGAGAACCGGCCGGCGGAGUAUGAGACCCAGAAAAAUAAGAAGAAAAAAGAAAAAAGAAUCAGCCAUGGAAAUUGUCGCCACAUGUUUUUGGUAUCGAAAGAGAGAGAGAGACGCCGUUGAAUUUGGGAGAGAGUUGCGAGAGUGAAGGAGAGAUGGGAUGGGAGCUUGUGGGUGGGAAAGUUAGGGAAAAGCUACGGUUCUUUAAAAUUGGCUUCCUUAUUUUUGGCAAAAUUUCCCCUCGUGGAACCUCUUCUGCUAUUUAAUAGCAGCAUUGCAAACUUGCAAGACAGAUUUGUGCGUGGUUUCUGUAAUCGUGUCUUCUUCUCUUGAAUUCGUGUUGUUUCACUUUCAAUGUCCCAACGGCAGCCGGCCAUGGCGGUUCCCAAUUCACCAACAAUCCCAAUCUUCCUCGCCCUGCUUCUCCUUCUGGCCUCAAUGGCAGCUUCCGCUCCAAUUCCAUCCUCUCAGAUUCUUCUAGAGUGCCUUACUAAUCAUUCUUCAUCCUCUGCUUACCCAAUUUCUAAAGUCACUUUCUUCCCCGAUAACCCAUCUUUCAUUCCCACCUUAAAAUCUUACAUCAGAAACCUAAGAUUCACGUCCCCCACUACCCCCAAGCCAGUGUUCAUCAUCGCCCCGACCCACACCUCCCACAUUCAAGCCUCGGUUACCUGUUGCAAAAUCCACGGCCUCGAAAUCAGAACCCGCAGUGGCGGCCAUGAUUACGAUGGCCUCUCCUACGUCUCCGAUUCCCCAUUUGUGCUCCUCGAUAUGUUCAAUCUUCGAGCUGUAACCGUCGAUCUCAAGGACGAGAGCGCGUGGGUGGAGUCGGGGGCCACGCUUGGGGAAGUUUACUUCAAGAUUGGAGAGAAGAGCAAGCUGCAUGGGUUCCCAGCUGGGGUUUGCCCCACGGUUGGAGUCGGGGGCCAUGUCAGCGGCGCCGGCUACGGCAGUUUGAUGAGGAAAUUUGGGGUUUCUGUGGACUAUAUACUUGAUGCUACCAUGGUAGGUGCUAAUGGUACGCUUUUGGAUAGAAAAUCAAUGGGAGAAGAUCUGUUCUGGGCAAUUAGAGGAGGAGGUGGAGCUAGCUUUGGAGUCAUAGUUUCAUGGAAAUUCAAAUUGGUUCCUUUACCUGAAAAGGUCACCGUUUUUAGAAUAGAGAGAACCAUGGAGGAAGGCGCAGUGGAUAUCUUGUACAAAUGGCAGGAAGUUGCUCCUAAAACCGACGAAAAUCUGUUCAUUAGAGUGGUGUUUCAUACCACGACUAGAAAAACUGGAAGCACAAUAUUAGCGAAAUUCAUUUCUUUGUUCGUUGGAGAUGCACAGAAGCUGUUUGCGUUAAUGUCUGCGAGUUUUCCCGAACUGGGUGUGAAGGCUGAGGAUUGUAAAGAAAUGAGCUGGAUUGAGACGGUUCUGUUCUGGUCCAACUACCCCAUUGGGACCCCACUCACGGUCUUGCAGGACAGGCAACCAAAAUCGGAGGCGAAGUUCUUGAAGAAGAAAUCAGACUAUGUCCAAACACCAAUCCCAAGGGCAGAUCUUGAAGCAGUGAUGAAGAAGAUGAUAGAAAUGGGAACGGUGGCGCUGACAUUCAACCCAUACGGUGGGAAAAUGGACGCACUCCCAGAAACUGCAACCCCAUUUCCAUUCAGAGUAGGGAACCUGUACAAAAUCCAGUACUCAGCACAAUGGAAAGAAGAAGGGGACGCAGCUGCGCAACAAAAUCUGAAGUUGAUCAGAGACCUGUACGAGUUGAUGACGCCUUAUGUCUCAAAAUCCCCAAGAUGUGCCUAUUUGAACUACAGAGAUGUGGAUUUGGGCGUGAAUGGGAAGAAUGGCAGUGCAACCUAUGAGCAGGCGAGCGCCUGGGGAAUAAAGUAUUUCAAGGGAAACUUCGAGAAAUUGGUGAAGGUGAAGACUGCGGCGGAUCCAGAAAACUUUUUCAGAUGCGAGCAGUGUAUCCCACCUGUUGCAACCACUUGAUUUCCACUAAUAAACUUGUUUUUGUACUUUGCCAACUUUUUGUUCCCCUAUUGUUAGGAAGAGGCAAGAAUUACACAGAGAGAGUGCAUUUUUUCAUGGAUAUCUUUAGGAUGGAU